AUGGCCCUAUCGCGGCCGCUGCUCCCUCCGCAGGUAGCCGUCACCAAGGUUACGAUGCGGAAGAUAAUGCCUCCGGGCACGGCGAAGGGGUGGUUGCGGUGGGUGCGGUGGGUGCCGGAGGUUUGGAACCGCAGGAUUAACCCCGGCGGCGACGAGGUCCCAAUGCCAGACCCAACCCCGGCUGCGACAUCGGCCGCGCCCGACCCGGAUGAAGCCCUCGCGCGGCAGCGGACCAUCGAGCAGGCCAUAGCAGAGGGCCACGAUGCCGAUACCCCCUCGGACGUGGGCUAUGUCCUCGACGAGGCCGGCGAGCAGAAACGGCUGCAGUCCAUCGCCGACCAGCGCCGGAAAUCCCUCACCCGCAGACGCAGUCACAGUCAAAGUCGCACAAAAGGAGGGUCGCACGACGUUGAGCGGGACGCUGGCCUGGGUAACAAGGACAAGGAGACUCCCGCUACGGCAGUGGAGGUCCAGAGCGGAGGCAGCGACGGCAAGGACGAGGAGGGCGCCUCGUCGGAGGACGAGGCGAACGUUGUCUGGUGGGACGGCCCCGACGACCCCGAGAACCCCUACAACUGGCCGACGUGGCGCAAGGUGACGAACUGCACCCUCAUCAGCGCCAUGACCUUCAUCACGCCGCUGGGCUCGAGCAUCUUCGCCCCCGGCGUCCCGCAGCUGAUGGUCGAGUUCGGCUCCCCGAGCCCCGAGCUGGCGGCCUUCGUCGUGUCCGUCUACGUCCUCGGCUUCGCCGCCGGGCCGAUGCUGGUUGCGCCGCUGAGCGAGAUCUACGGCCGCAACAUUGUGUACCACUUCUGCAACGUGUGCUUCAUCGGCUUCCUCGUCGGCUCGGCCUUGGCGCCGACGCUGGGCGCCCUGAUCGCCUUCCGGUUCCUCUCGGGCGUGUUCGGGAGCUGCCCGCUGACCAACGGGGGCGGCAGCAUUGCGGAUAUGAUCAAGCAGGAACGCCGCGGCGCCGCAAUGGCCGCGUUUAGCAUCGGACCCUUGCUCGGACCCAUCAUUGGCCCUGUGGCGGGCGGCUUCCUUGCUGACGCAAAAGGCUGGCGAUGGGUCUUCUGGGUGCUUGUCAUGGUCAGUGGCUUUUUUGCUGUCGUGAUGUUUAUCUUCGCCAGGGAAACCUUCGCACCCGUUAUACUGCAGAAAAAGGUCGACCGUCUGCGCAAGGAGACUGGCAAUGACCUUCUGCGGUCCAAGCUAGACGCCGGCCUGUCCCCGACUGACCACCUCAAGCGCGGUAUCCUCCGGCCGAUCAAGAUGCUGAUUUACAGCCCCAUAUGCAUCAUUUUUGCGCUCUACGUGGCCGUCGUGUACGGCUAUUUAUACCUCAUGUUUACCAGCAUCACCGAGGUUUUCAUGAAGAAUUACGGCUUUUCCGCCAGCAAAGUUGGCCUUGUUUACCUCGGCCUUGGCAUCGGCUCGAUGAUUGGCCUCGUCUUCUUCAGCAUCACCAGCGACCGGACACUCAAGAAAAUGGCGGCGAGGGACGGCCAAGGUAUGAAGCCGGAGUACCGCCUCUGGCCCGUCCCUAUCGGCGCGGUCAUGCUCCCCAUCGGCUUCUUCAUCUACGGCUGGACAGUCGAGUACCAUACCCACUGGAUUGUGCCGAUCAUUGGCCAUGUCCUCAUUGGCAUUGCUAACCUGCUCAUAUUCAUGGCUAUGAACAUGGCGCUCGUCGACACUUUCACCAUCUACGCCGCAUCGGCCCUGGCUGCCAACACGGUCGUGCGAUCCAUUGCCGGUGCUGUCCUUCCGCUUUGCGGGCUGAAGAUGUACGACAAGCUUGGCCUGGGUUGGGGAAACAGCCUUCUGGGCUUCAUCGCUGUAGGAAUGAUCCCCAUCGCCUUCUUGAUUAUCCGGUAUGGCGAGUUCUUGCGGACUCGGUUCCCGGUCAAGAACCUGUAG